AUGGCUACUGGAGACGCAAGUGAAAGUUUUCAAAAGUACCGUUACGACCCUUCUAAGGCAGCUGCCAUAGCCGUAUGUGCAACUUUUGGCGUGUUAUUUAUUUCGAUGAUUAUUAUGAUAGCUACGUCUGUAAGAAGGUUUGACAAAAUGAGUGCCAGUAACAAACGCAAAGUUAGGAACUUCACCAUUUUGAGAUUUUUACCAUUUUUGGUAGGUAUUGCCAUAGAAGCUGUUGGAUACGGUAUGCGGUACAUGUCUGUGAAUGAUACCGACAAGUUGACGCCAUACAUUCUCCAAUCUGUAUUUCUUCUUGUUGCGCCAGCUUUGUUCGCUGCGACGAUUUACAUGGUAUUUGGUCAAAUGUUACAUUAUCUACAAUGUACGAAGCUUUCCAUAGUUCCUGCACGUUGGAGCACAACUAUAUUUGUGAUUGGUGAUGUUUUAAGUUUCUUUGUGCAGGGUGCAGGUGCCGGUAUCAUGGCCAAUGCUGACACGUCAAGUGAAUCAAAAACUGGGUCCAACAUCAUCGUUGUUGGAUUAUUCGUGCAGGUUGCAGUCUUCGGUUUUUUCAUGAUCACAGAGCUACGUUUCUUGCUUCGAGUAAAGCGCACUAGCGCUAUUGUUCCGUACCUUUCACUUCACUGGAGAACGCUCAACUUAACACUUCUGGGCAUCAGUUUACUAAUUCUGAUCAGGUCUCUUGUACGUGCCAUUGAAUUUAUUCAAGGUAAUAAAGGCUUCAUUAUCAGUCACGAGUACUUCUUGUACGUGUUUGACGCGCUAAUGAUGAUUCUUGCUUCAUUGGUAUGGAUCGUUACUUUCAAAUUUGGAGACAUAUUUAAGAUCAUUUAUGAGGUCAAACUCCUUGAUUCUUUCAAGGAGAAGAGUGGUGAUGAUGCCAGCUAUAUGCAAACUGAAGCUUUUGAUAAAAAGUGA